CACUUCCGAGUGCUGAAGCAGUGAAGCCUGAAGGGGCGUGCAUCUUCUUCCUCUUCCGCCCUCGGCCCUCCCCCUGCCUUCCAGUUCCAUCUCCGACGAUGCAGCAAGUGGGGCGGCGGCCGUCGCCGAUAUGAACACCUCCCUGAUCACCGGAGGCGAUCUCCCUCGACACCUCGCCAUCCCCGUGCUCUGCUAGACGGGAUCCGAGCUUUCCUCGGUUUGUUUUGUGAGGGCAUCAUGUGGAGUUUUGCAUCAAAUGCCAUAGCUGGAAGCAUAAAGAAAAAGGCACAGCCCUCAAAAUGCAACAUAUCCAAUCCAGAUUGUUCUGAUGAUGAAGUUUCAUCAUGUACAAGCAGAGAGGAAGGCCUUGAUUGUCCAAUAUGCUGGGAAUCCUUCAACCUUGUGGAGAAUGUUCCCUAUGUAUUGUGGUGUGGCCACACAAUGUGCAAGAACUGUAUCCUUGGUCUUCACUGGGCUGUUGUCAAGUUCCCGUCCCUUCCUAUCCAGCUGCCACUGUUCAUCUCAUGCCCCUGGUGCAACCUGUUGUCUUUCCGUCUCGUGUACAAAGGCAACCUCAGGUUCCCACGCAAGAACUACUUUCUUCUCUGGAUGGUUGAGAGCAUGAAUGGUGAGAGAGCAAAGUUCCAUUCCACUAAUCACAAUGAACAUCAUUCCUCAUGGCAUUCCAGUGCUGGGCCAAGUUCCAGUCAUCACCACCGAAGAAAUGCUGUUAUCCGACCAGAGAGCUCUUCUGCCAGAGAUACAAACGUCAUCCGUAACAUUUUCCACACUGACAACAUCAGUGCGUCUCUCCAAAAGCUUAUGGUGUGCUUCAUGCAGUUGACAGCGAAGUUUCCACUUGUGAUACUCUUCCUGCUGAUAGUCCUUUAUGCUGUCCCUGCAAGUGCCACUGUUCUGCUGCUGUAUUUCCUCGUGACAUUUUUGUUUGCGCUGCCAUCAUUUCUGAUCCUCUACUUCGCUUAUCCCAGCUUGGAUUGGCUUGUCAGAGAGAUCUUUUCUUAAUUUGUGCUGUCUGAAAUGCCAGCCCAAUUCACGGCCACCUGCCCUCGUGGGCCUGUAUAGUUUCUUCUGAUUUCUUGUCCUUUCUUUUCUGGCCUUCUGUGACUUUUUUUUGAAGCAAACCUUCUGAGACUGUGACCCAUGUUCUGCUGUAACUGUAUCUAUUUAUUAAAUGCUCGGCAAUAUUCUUAUCUGUGGUUCUA